GAAAGAGAACGGGAGGGAGUGGGUGUAAAAGAAAAUCCCAAAUUCGAUAUUAAAAGCUUGUCUAACAAGCCAGGAAAUGUACUGGUUUGGAUUUUUAAGUGCUUAAUAACCAACAAACUCUCUCUAACCCGCGGAAUUUUUCUGGAUUAAUUUGAGUUUUCCACCCCCUUUUUUUUCCUACCUGGGAUAUUUUCUGCCUUGCAGCGGAAUUCUCCCUGUUUCACCUGCCCUAGGUGAAAGAGGGAGGAGAAGGAGCGGAAGAAGAGGCGAGAAAUAGAAGACAAAAAGAAGGAAGAUAGAGAAGAGGAAGGAGACGGGCGGAGGGCUGAGAGAAUCACUCCAGUUUUCUCUCGGAUGGGAUUCUUCCCUUACCAAGCGGAUGGAGGGAUGAAACCGGGAGAGAAGAAGACGGGGGAGAGUGUGAAAGAGAGAGGAGUGAGAACAAGAGGAGGAUGUAGUCGUCGGGCGCUGUGAGAAUGCAAAACGGACGCACCCCUCCGGAAGAUCGGAUUGAACUAUAAACCUAAACGGAAUUUACAGACAACCAAAGGAUAUUACGCACAUUUACUUCGAUAUAUACGUAUAUGGGGCAUAUUUUCGUAUUUGGAGCAUAUUUGUGUGGAAUUACAACUAUAAUUGCCACUAUCUUCGCAAUAAUGGGAUUUGGAGAAAUAAUUGCGCGCUGACAGCCGGUGAACGAAGAAAACCUAUCCUUGAAAGAGUGAGAAAAACCCAGGAGAAAAUUUUGGACCUGUACCUUCAUCCAUGAUGCUGUAGCUGUAGUAGCCGUGGUAACAUGUGAAUCCUGCGGCGUGUCAUCAGCAUUUACAUCUCUAAGGUGUUGUUUCCAGGUACGGGGGGUAACCAUGGAAAGGCUGGUACUGUGUGUAAUGCUGGCCGUCGCCAUGGCUGUGCGGGCACAGAUAUGCCCAAAACGCUGCGUAUGUCAAAUACUGUCACCCAACCUGGCAACCCUCUGUGCCAAGAAAGGUCUACUGUUUGUCCCACCCAACAUUGACAGACAUACAGUGGAGCUACGACUGGCUGACAAUUUUGUCACAAGUGUGAAAAGAAAAGAUUUUGCAAACAUGACACGUUUGGUGGACCUGACGUUAUCCAGAAACACCAUCUCCUACAUCACACCUCAUGCCUUUGCUGAUCUGGAAAACCUCAGAGCCCUGCACCUCAACAGCAACCGACUGACGAGGAUAGGCAAUGAUACAUUCAGUGGGAUGUCCAAGCUUCAUCACCUGAUUCUGAACAACAACCAACUGGUCAUGAUUCACCAGGGAGCAUUCAAUGACCUGCUGGCACUAGAAGAACUGGAUCUUAGUUACAAUAACCUCGACUCUAUUCCAUGGGAGGCCAUCCAGCGAAUGAUAAGCCUCCACACGCUGAGUUUAGACCACAACAUGUUGGAAUACAUUCCAGAGGGAACCUUUUCCCUUUUACAGAAACUAAACCGGCUGGAUGUCACCUCUAAUAAACUCCAAAAGCUACCACCUGACCCACUUUUUCAACGAGCACAGGUUCUAGCAACGUCAGGGAUGCACCUGUCUUCUUUUGCACUGUCAUUCGGUGGCAACCCUCUCCACUGCAACUGUGAGUUACUUUGGCUGCGAAGGCUGAACAGGGAGGAUGACCUGGAGACGUGCGCCACACCCCAGCACCUGUCUGGCCGAUACUUUUGGUCCAUCCCUGAAGAGGAGUUUCUCUGCGAGCCUCCACUCAUCACCAGAUACUCUCACGAGAUGAGGGUCCUUGAAGGCCAGAGAGUUGCUCUCAGGUGUAAGGCAAGAGGUGACCCAGAGCCAGCCAUUCACUGGAUCUCUCCUGAGGGUAAACUGGUCUCUAAUUCCUCCAGAACACUUGUCUACGCUAACGGGACUCUGGACAUUGUCAUCAGUAAGGUGCAAGACACUGGCUCGUUCACCUGUAUCUCCUCCAACCCCGCCGGCGAGGCUCACCAAACAGUGGAUUUGGUUAUUAUCAAACUCCCGCACAUUUCCAACAACACAAACAACAUCCAGGAGUCCGACACGCGAUCUUCGGACAUUUCCACGUCAACCCGAGGCGGCGCCAACGGGAGCAACGUGACUGGUGAUGUGAAGAGCGGUGUGGAUAAGAGGGUGGUGACAGCCGAGGCCACGUCAUCAACUGCACUGAUCAAGUUCAACUUCCAGAGGAAUAUACCAGGAAUUCGGAUGUUCCAGAUACAGUAUAACGGAAGCCAGGAUGACUCACUGGUUUACAGAAUGAUCCCUCCAUCAAGCAAGAACUUCCUAGUCAACAACCUGGCAGCAGGCACCCAGUACGACCUCUGCGUCCUGGCCAUCUACGAUGACGUUAUCACCUCUCUGACAGCGACGCGAGUGGUCGGCUGCGUGCAGUUCACCACCGAGUCAGAGUACAUGAGAUGUCAUUUUAUGCAGUCUCAGUUCCUGGGUGGGACCAUGAUCAUUAUCAUCGGAGGGAUAAUAGUUGCCUCGGUUCUAGUUUUUAUUAUCAUCCUGAUGAUACGAUAUAAGGUGUGCAACCCUAGUGAGAGUGGCAAAGGCAUUUCAAUGUCAAUGACCAACGUUCACUCACAGACCAAUGGGCAGCAAUCUCAGGGUUGCACCGUGACUCCGAGCUCCUCUAAACAUGGUUCAAUCGGAUUAGACGACCUCUCAGGAGGCACAAAGAGGAGUGGUGCUGCAGCAGCGGGAGGUGGGAGAAAGGAUACAAUAGCUCAGGCCUCUGAGUCUUCCCUGCCUGACUGCUCCACAGCCACAUCAGUUCUCAGCCAGGCUUGGUCGGCCAGAAGCCCAACAGCUGGAGCCAAGGAACGAGAGAAAACAGUUGAAGAUAGAGCUCAAGCCGGCAUUGCAUCACCCACCGCCACCGCAGGCUCCCUACACAAGCCAAAGCGAAAGCCCGCCCCAACUAAGCCUGGCUCUGCUUGCUCCAGUGGCCAGGGGGUCAUCGAGAACCUCCCAACUGCCUCUUCGACACGGCCACCUUCCUCCACUUCCACCGCCUCCUCCGCCCUCCUUCAUUCCUCAUCCCCCGGUGCCCUGGAGAACCUCAACACCAACCGAAAUAACUCCACCGCUCUCUCUCAGACCCCACCACCUCCCUUUGCGUCUUCCCCUUUCUUCGGCCCCAUCGCCACACCGAGCCCGGUCCCGUCUGUGCGAUUCAGAGAGACGCCCAUCCUGCGCCGGGCUCCUCGCACCGCCUCCUCUUCUGCCAGAUAUCAGACUCUUCCUGUAGAGGAGGGAGGAAGGAGCAGAGCUAGGAGGAGGUACUCACUCAGUGAAGGAGGCUCAAAAACUCACUCCGCCCACCAGGGAGGAGGAGGAGGAGGAGCACCCAAAAUAGGGCGCGUAAUACGGAACAAAAGGAGCCAAUCAAUGAGCGGUAUGCUACUCCCAAAAGAUGGGGACGAAGAGUCGGACAAAGGGCGGUGUGACUCUGACUGGAUCUUAGAAAGCACAGUUUGAACUGGAAUGAGCCAGCGACCAUAAAAUGAACUUUGGUUUAUUCAUUGUUUGUCCUUUGUGUGAGUGGAUGCGUGCAGUGUGACUCAAAGUUUUGUUUAUAGGCGUAUGCGUGAAAAGCCUGCUUGUGUCACGAAAAACUUUGCUUGUUGUUACUGUGUGUUUUCCUGUUUGAAUUUUCUUUCUAAACGUGUGAGAGGAUGCCUGUGUUUCUGGUAAACGUGUGUGCGCUUUUUUUUUUUUAAAUAAUCAAUGUUUUCAUAACUUUUCUCCACAGUUAUUUGUACUUGAUUUACAGUUUACAGUUUUGUGUUUUUUCCUUGUUUCCACUUCAACAGUAUCCAUUUUGCAGUCGAUCAUUCAGCGAGUGGAUAACUUGCCUUGUCUCGUAGCGUCCUCGAGUUGUCUCGUUGGUUCCACUUUAUAGCACAAAAGAAAAACAAGACAAUGGACUCGCCACGUCAUUUCCCGAUUCACUAUCACCUUAUCUGAAAAACACCACAAAAAGGGAAUUAAUACAGGAAAUAAGAGGAAUUAAAAAAAUACAAAAACGGGAAAAGCACACCAUUCUUAAUGUUCACAAGCUCACAGAGAUGUGCAUCCAUAAUGUGGCAAGAGAAUAGCAGUCGGUGCCUUCUUUUGCACUAACAGACCCUCACUAACAGAUACUUUAACCGGAUUUAGGACUCCACCAUGGCUCCACGAAUGAGGGGACGGAUUAAGGAAGAGAGAUUUCACACAUAGCCUUUCUUACCUACUGCGGAGUACAGACCUUUUCUGGACAUAUAAAGACAAAAUGUUACAGACAGAUGAAGACUUUAAUGAACCUCUUAUGAAAUUGAUAUUUUUUAAAGCGAAGUAUUAAAAAAAAAAGCAAAGAAAAAAAGCAACGUGAGAACCUUGUGAGCUUUUCACUGACACUGGUAUAAUACAGCCUGUGUUGGUCACAAGCUCACGCAAAGCUUCUGUACAGAAAAAGACAACAUGUACUGUUGUUAUGUUGUGUAAAAUAAAAAAGGGAUAAAAUGAAAA